ACUCUAAGGUCGCAUUAACCACGCCCACCCCGCCUGACUGUAGCUCGCAGUAUUUACAGUACCUUCACCAACUUCCCUGUCAAUGUAAACUUAUAUAGCUGACCUUGGUCGGGUAUUCAUUCUCCGCCUACUUCGUCUCUUCUUUCCCUCCCUUCUUUCCCUCCCUCUGACAGUUGGACCCGUCACCCGUCCCAUCGCUUGUAUUUCAUUUGUAUGGUCCGGAAUCACCUCUGAUAGUCCUCCAGUUGACGGCUGCCAUAAUGCAUAUACAUACUCUCUUAGGCGCAACUCUGCUGCUGGGGUUGGGUAACGCCGUGGCCGACUCUUCAUCUAAUUAUGAACCGGAUGAGAAUGGAAAAUAUUGGAUUCAUGGAGAGGGCAUCUCGGCUGCCUUUAUUCCCUACGGGGCGUCUAUUUCCAACCUCAUGAUCAAUGAUCGGUAUGGGAUCCCGCGAGACAUUGUCAUGGGCUUCGACAACGCCAGCUAUUACAGCAUUGAUGAAAAGCAUCCCCACCUCGGCGGUGUGCCUGGCCGCUACGCGAAUCGCAUUAAGAACAGCACCUUCGAACUGGACGGAGUGGCAUACCAUGUGGCAGCCAACGAGAAUCCCACCUCUGAGAACCCUGAAGGCCUGAAUACCCUCCACGGCGGCCCGGACGGCUGGGACUGGCGCAACUUCAGCGUCGUUGCCCACACGGAAAAUAGCAUCACCUUCUCCAUUGUCGACCCGGAUGGCAAGGAAGGCUUCCCGGGCGAGGUCAUCUCGUAUAUCACUUACACGGUUGGCAACAUGACGUGGGACGCCAAGAUGGUCGCCAUCGCCACGACCAAGAAGACGCCCAUUAUGCUGAGCAGUCACACGUACUGGAACCUGGACGGCUUCGCCAACAACGAGACCAAUACGGUGCUAAACCACACGUUUCACCUACCUUACAGUGGCCAGCGCGUUGCCGUAGACAACAUUCUUAUCCCUACCGGCGACAUUCUGCCAAAUGUCCGGGGCUCAGUCAACGACUUCUGGAGCGAGCCAAAGCAAAUUGGCAAGAGCUUUUCAGACCCAGAGAUUCACGGAAACUGCGGUUUCAACUGCACGGGUUAUGACAACUGCUGGCUCGUUAACCGCCCUGGGCCUCACGACUGGCGCGCCCCUGGCGCCGCCGUUGCCAGCCUGUCAUCAGCAUGGUCCGGCAUCAAGCUUGACAUCUACACAGACCAGGAGGCCUUCCAAAUGUAUUCCUGCGGCGGCCAGGACGGGACUUUUGCCCUCAAAACCACCCAGGGACUGCACGGCAGCGGGGAUGGCGCUGCCCCCUUGUUUCCCCGGACGGUCCCAAAGUACGGCUGCGUCGUGCUCGAGGUGCAAGACUGGAUUGAUGGCAUCAAUCAUCCGGAGUGGGGCCGCUUGGGCAAGCAGGUGUUUGAGCCGGGCGGUGAUCCAUAUGUUCUACAGGUUAGCCACCGAUUUAGUGUCGACCACGAGUAGCGGAAAUGCGGGAAUGCACGGUAGCGAAACUGUCCAGUGACGGAUGCUCCGGUGGAGGUUCCAGGAUCCAGCGGCUUGGGGAUUUGGGUACCGGUAGUUUAGGCGUUUAGCGUGAGGAAUGAACUGCUUUAUGAUACCCGCUGUGGUACCGUUGUUUCACCAGGAAACUAUGGUAAUCCGUUAUGUAGCUAAUGUAGUGCCUGCGUUGGACUCAUCGUCCUUGGACUGUGUGUAUGGUUUCGGCUAAACGUAAAGGUGACGGCGUCAGCAGCCGUGACGAGACCUAAUUCAAGACGACAGCUAGACAUUCCGCAGAAAU